CACGCGCACCCUCACGGCGCAUUCUCACCGAGCAUCCUCACUGUGCACCCAGGGCGGAGUUUCUCCUCACCUGCCCCGCCCCGUACGAAGGCCUUGCCUCUUGCUGUCUCCCUCCCUCGCCUUCAGUAUCAAUAAAGUUGCGGAUUUUUGAAUCUGUCGUCCGGCAACAUGGCGGCCUCCAUGCUAUCUUCUUUCCUGCGCUCUUUUCGUCAGAUGGUUCCUUUGUCAGGUACAGGACAGAUACGGAGUUACUAUGUGGACUGGAGAAUGCUUCGUGAUGUAAAGAGGAGAAAGAUGGCUUUUGAAUUUGCAGAUGAAAGGCUUCGGAUCAACUCCCUCAGAAAGAACACUGUAUUGCCAAAAGAUCUCCAAGAAGUAGCCGAUCAGGAAAUUGCUUCUCUUCCCAGAGAUAGCUGCCCUGUCAGGAUACGGAAUCGUUGUGUUAUGACAUCUCGACCAAGGGGUGUGAAGAGGCGCUGGAGACUCAGCCGGAUUGUAUUCCGGCAUCUGGCUGAUCAUGGACAGCUUUCUGGGGUCCAGAGGGCAAUGUGGUAAAUCAACUCUGGUCACAGCAAAGUCGACACUGUGCUUUGGUGUUUAACAUUUGACUUCAAGGAAUGUGAAUGGUAUCAUGAAUGAACAAGCUGUAAGCAACAGCCCUAUGAGAUAAUUUUUUUAGCAGGGAAAGUCUUGGUAUUGUACAAAUUUGUGCAAUACAUUGUGACUGGUAAAGAAAAGAGAUUCCAAUGAGAAGAAA